GGGCAGGCUCAGUCUUUCGCCUCAGACGCUAGCUCUAGCUGGCCGUCAGUCGUACGCUCUCCUGUGUCUUUAGUACCCGCGGUCGCCAUCGAAGUCGCCUGCGUCCCUCUACGCUGAUCUCCUCUCGUUCGCCACACACUCCGUCGUCAUAACUCGCCAUCAUGGUGAAGCUAGCAAAGGCUGGUAAAAACCAAGGUGAUUCCAAGAAAAUGGCUCCUCCCCCAAAGGAGGUAGAAGAAGAUAGUGAGGACGAAGAAAUGUCAGAAGAUGAAGAUGAUGACAGCAGUGGAGAAGAGGUUGUCAUUCCUCAGAAAAAAGGCAAAAAGGCCACCACAACUCCUGCAAAGAAGGUGGUGGCUCCCCAAACAAAAAAGGUUGCAGUUUCCACCCCUGCCAAGAAAGCAGCUGUCACUCCAGGCAAAAAGGCAGCUGCUACACCAGCAAAGAAGGCAGUUACACCAGCCAAAGCAGUCCCGACACCUGGCAAGAAGGGAUCCACACAAGCAAAAGCAUUGGUAGCAACCCCUGGUAAAAAGGGAGCUGUCACACCAGCCAAGGGGGCAAAGAAUGGCAAGAAUGCCAAGAAGGAAGACAGUGAUGAUGACGAAGAGGAUGAUGAAGACGACAGCGAGGAGGAAGAAGAGGAGGAAGAUGAUGAAGAGGAUGAAUUUGAGCCAGCAGUGGUGAAAGCAGCAGCUGCUGCUCCUGCCUCAGAGGAUGAAGAUGACGAGGAAGAGGAGGAGGAGGAUGAUGAUGACGAGGAGGAGGAAGAUGAUUCCGAAGAAGAAGCUAUGGAGAUUGCACCAGCAAAAAAGAAAGCUCCUGCAAAAGUCGUUCCUGUGAAAGCCAAGAAUGUGGCUGAGGAGGAGGAUGAGGAGGAUGAUGAUGAAGAGGAGGAAGAAGAAGAUGAGGAGGAUGAGGAGGAGGAAGAAGAUGAGGAGGAGGAGGAAGAGGAGGAAGAGCCUGUUAAAGAAGCAUCUGGAAAAAGAAAGAAGGAAAUGAACAAACAGAAAGCAGCUCCUGAAGCCAAGAAACAGAAAGUGGAAGGUAACCAGAAAGUGGAAGGAUCAGAACCAACUACACCUUUCAACCUUUUUAUUGGAAACCUGAAUCCUAACAAAUCUGUUGCUGAAUUAAAAGUUGCCAUCAGUGAGCUUUUUGCUAAAAAUGAUCUUGCUGUUGUGGAUGUCAGAACUGGUACAAAUAGGAAGUUUGGUUAUGUGGAUUUUGAAUCUGCUGAAGACAUAGAAAAAGCCUUGGAACUCACUGGUUUAAAGGUUUUUGGCAAUGAAAUUAAAUUAGAGAAACCAAAAGGAAGAGACAGUAAGAAAGUUCGAGCUGCAAGAACACUUUUGGCCAAAAAUCUUUCUUUCAACGUCACUCAGGAUGAACUUAAAGAAGUGUUUGAUGAUGCCAUUGAGAUCAGAUUAGUCAGCCAGGAUGGGAAGAGCAAAGGGAUUGCUUAUAUUGAAUUUAAGACAGAAGCUGAUGCAGAGAAAAACUUGGAAGAAAAGCAGGGGACAGAAAUCGAUGGGCGAUCUGUUUCCCUUCACUACACUGGAGAGAAAGGUCAAAGGCAAGAGAGAGCAGGGAAAAACAGCACUUGGAGUGGUGAAUCAAAAACAUUAGUUUUAAGUAACCUGUCCUACAGUGCAACAGAAGAAACUCUUCAGGAAGUAUUUGAGAAGGCAACAUUUAUCAAAGUGCCCCAGAACCCUAAUGGCAAACCUAAAGGGUAUGCAUUUAUAGAAUUUGCUUCAUUUGAAGAUGCUAAAGAAGCUUUAAAUUCCUGUAACAAAAUGGAAAUUGAAGGCAGAGCAAUCAGGCUGGAGUUACAAGGACCUAGAGGAUCACCUAAUGCAAGAAGUCAGCCAUCUAAGACGCUGUUUGUCAAAGGUCUGUCCGAGGAGACUACUGAAGAGACCUUAAAAGAAUCAUUCGAGGGCUCUGUUCGUGCAAGAAUAGUCACGGAUCGGGAAACUGGUUCCUCCAAAGGGUUUGGUUUUGUAGACUUCAACAGUGAGGAAGAUGCCAAAGCUGCCAAGGAGGCCAUGGAAGAUGGUGAAAUUGAUGGAAACAAAGUUACCUUGGACUGGGCCAAGCCUAAAGGUGAAGGUGGCUUUGGGGGCCGCGGUGGAGGCAGAGGAGGCUUUGGAGGCCGAGGCGGGGGCAGAGGAGGCCGAGGCGGAUUCGGUGGCAGAGGCAGAGGCUUUGGAGGUCGAGGAGGCUUCAGAGGAGGCAGAGGAGGUGGAGACUUCAAGCCACAAGGAAAGAAGACGAAAUUUGAAUAAUUCUGUCUCAGUCUUUCCCUCUUCCAUUUGAAAGAAAGGACUCUGGGGUUUAUACUCUAACCUGUUCAAUGACAGAGCCUUCUGAGGACAUUCCAAGACAGUAUACAGUCCUGUGGUCUACUUGGAAUCCAUAUAGAUAACAUUUCAAGAGAGAUACCCUGUUGGUUUUGACUGGAUAUUCAUAAAAACUUUUUAAAGAGAUGAGUGAUAGAGCUAACCCUUAUCUGUAAGUUGAAUUUAUAUUGUUUCAUCCCAUGUACAAAAACAUUUUUUUCCUACAAAUAGGGUUUUUUUUUUUUUCCGUUGGGGGUUGUAAAAGAAUGUUUUAUCAUGAUUUUUUGCUUCAGUGACUUUAGGACAAAUUAAAAGUCCUAAACUCUGGUGCCAGA